UGCUCAUCUCGCAUGCCUGAUUGGUCACUUUUCACUGAACGUCUCUGAAAUGUAAUUUUUGGAAUUGUGCAAAAAAGAAAAGUCUAGCUGCAGGUCUGGGUGGUGGCCGUGUUGGUAUGGUCCUCAGCGAGCCGUCCUAGAAGUGUGCGUCUGUGUGAGUCAGGAUGGAGGGCGAUGCGAUGCGCCAGGAGGCGAAGGAGAGCAUCGAGGCGGCUCAGAACUACCGCAGAGAACUGCAGCUGAGACUCACCGGCCUCAAACAGGCCUGCACACAGGUGCGCGGCAGCUCCAGCCAGGCGCGCGACGCCCUCCGCAGGCACUUCUCUGAGCUGCAGGCGGCGGCGGCGCGCCUCCUAGCCGCCCGAUUGGCCCAGCUGGUGGCCCAGGUCGACGCCCUAGAGGAGCAGAGUCUCCGCCCCCUCACCGCCUGUCAGACACUCAUCCUUCAGGGGGUGGGGCAGGCCGACCAGUUGCUCCGAGAGGGGGAGGCUGCUCUACGAUGUGAUGUAGAGGAAGAUGGACUGGGGAGCUUCAACCAGAAGGCUCUGAACAUACACCUGGACAGCCUCCUGGAGGUCCCGGCCCUGGUGGACGUGGCCUGUGUCUCGGCCCAGCUGGACGACUCGGUCCUGGAGGUCCUGAAGGAGAUGGUGGUCCGCCACGGGUCGGUCUCCUCCCAUCCCCCCGUCCAGAUCAUGGAGCUCCAGGAGAGACCGGGGGCCAUGCUGGUCCGCUGGGCCAAGGUGGACGAGGACUUCUCGGCGGUGGACUACCGUCUGCAGUACCGGCGGGCCGCGGGGGGCGGAGCUUACGAGGACGCGUACGUGGGCGGGGACUGUGAGGUGGUGGUGGUGCACCUGGACCCCCAGACGGAGCACCUGUUCCGGGUCAGCGCCCGCGGGGACGGGGGGUCCUCCUGGAGCCCCUGGAGCGUCCCCGUGGCCGGCUCCACCUCCCUGGCCCCCCACGAGUGGAGUCCCGGGACGGACGGCUUCAUCCUGAGCAGCCGGAGGAACAUCGCCAUGCGCUGUGACUCCGCCCCCUCAGGCUCCCCUGUGCUCUACUCCAACGGCGCCACCUACUGCCCCGGGCAGACCCUCACCUUCAAGGUUUCUGCAGUUGGUCAGGCUGACAACAGGGACGGUCUAGGAGUGUGUGUGGAGAGAGAGAGCGGGCAAGAGACUCUCCAGAGAGACCAGGCAGUCUGCAUCUCCACCAAAGGAGCUGUGUUCGUCAACGGGAAGGAGAUGACCAAUCGGCUGCCAGCGUUGGCCCUGGGUUCAGCCGUGACCUUCGACAUGGAAGUGGUCGCUCUGUUUUCUGUCGGCAGCAGCAACAACCCGAGCGAGGGCGGGGCCAACGUCAAACUCAGGGUGACGAUUGGCUGCGGCAGCCGGGAGGUGGUGUUUGAUUGGCUGCUGGAGACGGCGGUGGAUGGCCUGCUGUUCGGCUGCUGCUUCGCUCACACAGGCUGGAAGGUCCUGGUGUUCUGACCCCUGGCUGUUACGAUGCUCUGGUUUCUGUUACUCUCCCCGGCUCCAUCGUUUUAGGGGCUCCUUGUUUACAUCCGGUUCUCUCUGGCCAAACUCCCCCCGCUCACUGUGAAAGACCCCCCAGUAUUAGCCCCUCCCCUCCCCUCUUAGUGUCAUCCUGUCAGUAUUCACUUACUGUAGUCGUCUCGGUGUUCAGAAGUCGGUUUUACACUUUUAUAUCGUAACUGUCGUUUGGUUGAAACAUACGAACCGUUUUGACUAUUCAUGUCUCCCACAGUAGGGUGACAGGAAGUGAGUGACCACAAACAGGAAGUACGUACUAACGGUGGUUUAGCUUCCUAUGUGUUAUGUGUUGCUGGUUGGUAUGUGUAUGUAGAUGGUACUACAGUCUGAACCAGCAUCACCUCCAAUAAAACUCACCAACCUUU